AUGGCUUCAACUCCAUUCCCCACAACAUACAAAGCGGUAAUUCUCACAGAAGCCAACGCACCAUUCAAUCUUCACGACGUGAAGCUUCAACAUCCAGGACCAGGCCAAGUGCUCGUCAGAGUUCUAGCAUGCGGCGUGUGCUUCUCAGACAUCACCAUGGCGCAAGGCCAUCUCGGCAAUGUAUUUCCUAGGACUCCUGGCCACGAACUCGUUGGAGAUAUCGUCGAACUUGGGCAAGAUGUCAAUCGGUUUACUAUUGGAGAGAGAGUUGGAGGCCCUUGGCAUGGCGGGCAUGACGGCAAUUGUCGACAAUGCCAAAAAGGACGGUUUCAGAUGUGUCAACAGCAAACAAUUAAUGGAGUUACUCAAGAUGGUGGUUUUGCAGAGUAUGUACUCCUCCGUCAGGAAGCCGUCGUUCGCAUUCCCAAAGAGAUGAACCCAGCAGAAGCUACCCCUUUACUCUGCGCAGGAGUCACCGUCUUCAACGGCAUCCGUAAAUUGCACGUUGAACAGGGCGCCAUUGUUGCCGUUCAGGGUCUCGGCGGCUUAGGCCAUCUCGCCGUUCAGUAUGCGAGCAAGAUGGGAUAUGAAGUUGCAGUACUUUCAUCCGGCGACGACAAAGCCGCCAUUGCCAGAGAACUCGGUGCACAUCAUUAUAUCAACACAAAGAAAGCCGACGGUCCUACUGAACUUGCUAAACUUGGUGGCGCUUCCAUUAUUGUUCAAACAGCACCAAACCCCGACAUCAUUGGCCGGCUAGUCGAUGGACUUGCUCUUGGUGGUAAACUGCUUUGUCUGGCUCCUGUUGGUGGAGUGGAAUUCGAUACCGCUGUGCUUGUUAAUGGAGGUCGAAGUGUUCAUGGCUGGCCUAGCGGCCAUGCAAUAGACAGCGAAGAGGCGAUUCAGUUUGCUCGGGUGCAUGGCAUCAAGUGUAUGGUGCAAGAGCAUGCUUUGACAAAUGUUCAAGAAGCAAUUGAUAGUCUCCUGGCAGGAAAGCCUCGUUUUAGAAAUGUCUUGGUGAUGAAGUGA